AUGCCGUCCACACAACUUAUAAACUGCGGAGGGAAGGGCCUCGGAAUGAAGCUCCUGGAAGAUAUCAAGGCCGGCUCGUUCGUUGGCGAGUACAUGGGCGAGAUCGUGACGGAACAAGAGUACUACAUGCGACGAGUGCUUUACCAUAACGAGAAGCACCGCUACAUGAUGGUGUUAAGUGGCGGUGAAGUCAUUGACGCUACACGCAUGGGCGGGUGGGCACGCUUCAUCAAUCAUAGCUGCAACCCCAACUGCGGAGUAGAGAAGUGGGACGUUAAUGGCGAAGAAAGGUGUGCCAUCUUCGCUCUGCGUGAUAUCGUUGCUGGCGAGGAGUUGACGUUCGACUACAAAUUCGAGUCUUUCAGCAAAGCCGAGAUCACGGAGUGCCUAUGUGGAGCCCCAAAUUGUCGAAAGGUGAUCGGAAUGAACAAUAAAGUGACGAAGCUCAACAAGGCGCAGAAGAAGACAGCGGAGACGACAGCGCUGGUUGAAGAGCCAAAGCUGCUUGACCCUGUCAUUGGGCUAAAAUCGAGGCCAGUUCAAGGCGCAAAGAAAGCGGAGGCUCUGAUGCAGCGGAUGGCAAGGCAGCGUCUCCUAAGCCAUAGUGAACUCCGCGUUCUGCGACGGUCGCAUGUGAUGCUGGAGCGCAAUUUAUCGUGGCACAUGGAGGACGACUUUGCGCACUUAGCGCUGCUGCCGUACUUUGUCACGAAGAACUCGUCCGUGAUGAAGCACACGCCGGAACUCAAGCAUGUGCCCGACUUCUUUAACUGGAGAGACCUGCCGAAUUUCCCGAAAAAGAUGCGUCGCCAGAGUCGAGAAGCGAAAGUCUCUCGCCUGCGCGACAUCACCGCUUCGUUGCAAGCCCGAAAGGAGCAGCAGCAAUAA